AUGGAGGCAAGUCCAGAUGGCAUUUUCAUGUUGUCUUCACUAUCUCGAUCAGAUCAUUCUGUCCGAUAUUACUUCAUAGACUUCGGCAUCUCCUCACUGAUCGGAAAGGGAGAAUCUCCGUAUGUGCUUGGCAGAGAAGGAAGAGACAAGGAGCUGCCAGAGAUGUCCUCGGAGGUGCCGUACGAUGCGUUUAAGGUAGAUAUCUUUGUCUUGGGCAACCUUUACAAGAAGGAGUUUCUCCAGGUCUUGACUUUCUUGAGCCUCUGGUGCAAGCUAUGA